AUGGAUGAAGGCACAGAGGUUUCGACUGAUGGAAAUUCUUUGAUCAAAGCGGUCCAUCAAAGCCGGCUUCGCCUCACGAGACUUUUGCUAGAAGGUGGUGCCUACAUCAACGAGAGCAAUGACCGUGGGGAAACACCUUUAAUGAUUGCCUGUAAGACCAAACACGUUGACCAGCAGAGUGUCGGUAGAACCAAGAUGGUUAAAUACCUUCUAGAGAACAGCGCCGACCCCAACAUACAGGACAAAUCUGGGAAAAGUGCUCUGAUGCACGCAUGCUUAGAAAGAGCCGGCCCGGAGGUGGUCUCCUUGCUCCUCAAGAGCGGGGCGGACCUCAGCUUGCAGGACCACUCUGGUUACUCAGCUCUGGUUUAUGCUAUAAACGCAGAAGACAGAGACACGCUCAAAGUCCUCCUUAGUGCUUGCCAGGCGAAAGGGAAAGAGGUCAUCAUCAUAACGACAGCAAAAUCGCCCUCUGGGAGGCACACCACCCAGCAGUAUCUAAACAUGCCUCCGGCAGACUUGGAUGACAGCCAUCCGCCGGCCACGCCUUCAGAAAUCGACAUCAAAACAGCCUCGUUGCCGCUCUCUUACUCUUCUGAGUCGGACCUGACGCUUUUUGGCUUUAAAGAUAAGGAGUUGUCUGGAAGCAGUGAUAAUGCGUGGGACCUAGACUCUCCUCGGAUGAAGCCUGUGAUGACCACUAAUGGGCCCAAGCUCUCCCAGGCUCCAGCCUGGAUCAAGAGUGCCCCAUCAUUAAAGCACCAGGCCAGGGUGGCCUCCUUGCAAGAGGAGCUGCAAGAUAUCACUCCAGAAGAAGAAAUCGCCUACAAAACCAGCGCGCUGGCGCUCUCUAAGCGUUUCAUCACCAGGCACCAGAGCAUUGAUGUAAAAGACACUGCACACUUGCUCAGGGCCUUUGACCAGGUCAACUCAAGGAAGAUGUCAUAUGAUGAAAUAAAUUACCAUUCUUUGUUUCCUGAAGGAAACCAGCCAUGCAUGGAAACUCCCACUGACCAGGACCCAGAUUCUAACCAGAUCUUUGCCUCCACUUUAAAAAGUAUAGUUCAAAAGCGAAACUCGGGGGCCAAUCACUAUAGCUCCGAUUCACAGCUCUCUGACAGUGUUACCCCUCCAACCCCAGAAGAGGGCAAACCUGCAAAGAAAAGGCUCUUCGCUCCAUCUCCUUCCUUGCCAUCAGGUUCCAAAGAAUUAGUGGAGACUGUCCCUCCAGGUCCUCUGAGCAGGAGGAACCAUGCGAUUUUGGAAAGGCGUGGCUCUGGAGCUUUCCCCAUAGAUCACAGUCUCAUGCAGAGCAGACCUGGGUUUCUGCCACCCUUAAAUGUGAAUCCUCACCCUCCCAUCACAGAUGUCGGCGUCAACAACAAGCUGUGCAGCCUUUCAUGUGGUCAAAAAAUGCUUAUGCCAACGGGCCCCAUUUUCCCGAAAGAAUUCAAAAGCAAAAAGAUGCUGUUAAGGAGGCAGUCACUGCAGACAGAACAAAUUAAGCAAUUAGUAAAUUUUUAAGGGACGAUUAGAAAACACAUUAUGUCCAAGUGUCUGUCUCAGAAAAUCAUAGACUUAGAGAAGAAAUCUUAACUGUAUCCUUUUAAGUCUUAGCUAGUGCAUCGCGGCUAGGCAGAUCAAAAUAUAGUGUAUUUUGUAUUAGGUACCGUGACCACACCUUAAUAUGUAGCUUCUGAGAGAAUUCUAACAAAAGGAAAGCUGUUCUCAAAAUGUCCAAUAUUUAUCAACUUACAUGUGGUCCAAGUUUUCCAUCUAAACAGCAAGUCUCCAAGAAAGAAAGUGGCCUGUUUUGAAACAGGUCUUAAAACUUUAGCUUGGCUUCAAGUUCUGUUAUGAAACAAUGCUCUCACAUCAGUAAUUUUGGCCAACACUUUAUGUCAAGCAGGUUGUAAUUUCCCAUGUUGCCAAAAUCACCAGAGAAAACACCGACAUCAGUGAAGCUACACUAGAAAGGAAAAAUAAACAGAUUCUGCAGAAAUGUUGACUCAGGAAGGUAAAGGUCUGAUUUAGAAUUUUAAAACAUAAAAAACGAGUUAGGCUGAGCAAUCACAGUUUGUAAUGGCAGCUGAGGGGCUGAGGAGGGGGCUCACUGGCUGUGUGAGCCUGAAUACCUGAGUUUGGAUUCCCAGA